AUGCUGGAGAAUUUAUUACUUCGAACGGCAAUCGGGUUAUUAAUUUUUAUACACGUCAAUGCUCAAAAUCAACUAGUCGAAGUAGCUACAUCGCCGGAAUAUCAAUGGAACGGUGUGGCUUUAACGAAGAAUGGAAGAAUGUUCGCAGGAUUUCCGCGAUCGGCUGGUGACGCGACGAUUUCUGUCGCUGAAAUUCUGCCAACGAACGUUAUAAAAGCUUUACCUGGGGGAGACUGGAAUACUUUUAAUCCGAUAAAUUCGACGGAAAAUGUUGAGAACCGUUUCGUUAACGUUAACGCAAUUCUGACCGACGUAAACGACAAUUUGUGGGUUGUUGAUGCCGGAAUGAUCGGUAAUAGAACAAUUCGAAACUCCGCGAAACUCAUAAAAAUCAAUCUUCAAAAUAAUAUGGUCGAACGCAUUUAUUCGGUUUCGAGUCUCAAUCCUCCAGAAGGCUUUGCUUUAAAUGAUGUGCGUAUUGCCUCACAGUACGCUUUUUUAACCGAAUCAGGAAUCGGUUCAAUCGUUAUAAUUAAUUUGCAGAGUGGCAGAGUACGCCGAGUUUUGGACAAACAUCCGUCUACAAAGUUCGAUGCGCCGACCGUUGUCCGAGUCGAAGGACGCAAGGUUUUAGACGAAAACGGCGAGCCGAAAAAGAUGCCGAAUAAUAAUCUGGAACUCACACCUGAUGAGAAAACGUUGUUGUAUAAACCAUCGUUCAGUUACAAUUGGUGGAGAAUAUCAGUCGCAGAUUUGACGAAUGAAAGUCUGACCGAAACACAACUUGGCGAUCGUGUCAUAAAAGGGAGCGAAACAAUGCCGACAGGCGGCACGACAAUGGACAAUGAGGGGAACAUAUAUCUGAUGGAUCUGGAGCGCCGCGCUGUGUGGCGACAAAAACCGGAUGGCUCUUUGAGUUUGAUUGUACGCGACGACCGCAUCAUUUGGGGUGAUGCCUCAGAUGUAAGUGCAGACGGAUUUUUAUACAUUCCAGUGUCACAAAACAAUCGCCUUCCGGGUUUCAACAAUGGUGUUAAUCAAGUUGAAAAGCCGUAUCGGAUUUACAGAAUAAAAAUUAACUCUGCUCUUCGCACGAAGAGUGUUUCAGUUCUCGUAUUAAUACUAAUUUUUAUGAAAUUUUUUGUCGGAUGA